UUUCUUAAGUCACUUCAAAUGCUAUCCGUGGACGGGCGGCUCAUUGUCAGGAGAGUUGCAGUGCGAGCAGCAGGGAAGAGUACGCCGGUGCAGGUACAACAGCAGCAGCUGCAUGAGCACCACCACAGCAUCACAGAAAACACACACACUGGGAGACCAUGGAAACAGACAGAACAAAUUUCUCUCUCAGAGAUGAUCUGAGACAAACAUCUGAGCAGCACAGUUUCUACCUAAGUCCACCUCCCCUUCAUAUAAAGCCCCCAAAGUUCUCCCCUCCCAGAUACCCCAGCAUAUCACCCACUGGGGAAAACUACACCAUGUUUAGCUCCCCUCAUUUCUUUCCAUUGCUUAGCCCUGAUUUCACCCAAAAGGAGGGAUCCCAAAAACGCAAAAGACCGCCUUUCAAGAUGGAUGCCCAAGGACGUGAAUCUCCUGAGAGAGGAGCAGAGGAGGCAGAGGAAAGCAGCACUAAGAAGACAGUCGACCUCUCCCACAUCCCCUUGACCCUCCCACUUCACCCCAUUCCUUCCCCAUCCCAAAAAUCUCAUCCUGGAAUGAUUGAGCUCAACAGACUGCAGCUCCAUCAGAGAUCUAUGAAUCUACCUGUGCAAGUGAAGCAGGAGCCUCUCAGUCCUUCCCCUAUUUGGCCUCCCUCUUCUCUCCUUCUCCACCCUCCUUUCUUCUCACCUUUCCACCACGGUCUUCUCCCAUACCCCUUCUUCUUACCCGGGCCUGUCAUGCACCUCACCCCUGGUGCCUUCUACCCCAGAGAGGACCUCCGGCCUGUUCACCGCAUGCGUGACGGAGCUCCCCGUGGUGGGACAAGCAACGCUGAGAAGCUUGGGCUUGACGUUCACGUAGAUGACAGCUAUUAUGUUGAUGUCGGAGGUGACCAGAAGCGGUGGAAGUGUCGCAUGUGUGACAAGUCCUACACUUCCAAGUACAACCUGGUCACGCACAUCCUGGGCCACAAUGGCAUCAAGCCACAUGGAUGCCACCUGUGUGGCAAACUUUUCAAGCAGCUGAGUCACCUGCACACGCACCUGCUCACUCACCAGGGCAUGAGACCCCACAAGUGCCAGGUUUGCCACAAGGCUUUCACCCAGACCAGCCACCUCAAGAGGCACAUGAUGCAGCACAGUGAUGUGAAGCCAUACAGCUGUGGUGUGUGUGGUCGAGGCUUUGCCUACCCCAGUGAGCUCCGGGCCCAUGAGCUGAAGCAUGAAAAAGGCCAGGAGAAUGUGUGUGUGGAGUGUGGUCUGGACUUUCCCACACUCGCGCAGCUGAAAAGGCACCUGACUGCCCAUCGUGGUCCCACACUGUACAGGUGUGCAGAGUGCCAGAAGACUUUCCAGUACCCGAGUCAGCUUCAGAACCACAUGAUGAAACACAAAGACAUCAGACCAUACAUCUGCAGUGAGUGCGGGAUGGAGUUCAUCCAGUCGCACCACCUGAAACAGCACACGCUAACUCACAAAGGUGUGAAAGAGCACAAGUGUCGCAUCUGUGGACGUGAGUUCACUCUGUUAGCCAACAUGAAGCGCCACGUCCUCAUUCACACCAACAUACGGGCCUACCAGUGUCACAUGUGCUUCAAAAGCUUUGUCCAGAAACAGACACUCAAGGCUCAUAUGAUUGUCCACUCAGACAUCAAGCCCUAUAAAUGCAAGCUCUGCGGGAAGGAGUUCAACAGGAUGCAUAAUUUAAUGGGCCACAUGCAUCUCCACUCCGACAGCAAACCCUUCAAAUGUCUCUACUGCCCGAGCAAGUUCACGCUGAAGGGUAACCUCACCAGACACAUGAAGGUCAAACACGGCGUCAUGGACAGGGGCCUGGACGAAAGAUUGUUUAGGCGGAGAGGGAGAUUCUGUCUGAAUACCCCAAUGGGCCUCCUCACACGCUUCAGCCAAGAGGAGCCAUUUGAUCUUUCACAGAAGACUCCAGGCCUUCCCAGCCUCAGUCUUGCCCAGUCUGAUGGGGAAAGCGUCCCUGGGAGCUCAUGUCAGGAGGAGGAUGAAGACAGUUUGUACAGGAGGAGCCAGUACAGCCCUGAGGAGGACCAACAUGAGUCUGCAGGCGAUGCCCAAUACAACUCGAAGCCAGAGGAGCGAGUACAAGUGGCUCCUGACGAACUGAGGCCAGACAAGCAACACAAGCAGGCGUACCAGGGAAGUUUAAAUGAUGACACAGAAGCAGCAGAAGAAGGACAAUCUGACGAUCCCCGAGGUGAUCAGGUUCACCUCUCGCGUACAGAAGCUUCUUAUGAAUCUGAUUUAGAACUAGAUGAGCAGAUGUACCACCACGAAGCAGGCUCCAGAGCGUCAUAUGAUUAUAACUCUGACUCAGAGCUAGAAGAUCAUCACCAGGAGCCAAAUGAGCAAAGUAAACGGCAGUUGGAUGGCUUUUAUGAGACAGGUUCCGAUUGGGCAGAAGGGAACCAGAGUACAUUGGAAACAGGUGAAAUGGUGUGUCGCUCCCACACAAGUGAAUUUAUAGACACACAGGAUGACGAAGACGGCAAAGAAUGAGAAAAGUAGUGAGAUAGUGAGAGGAAGACUUCCCUGAGGAGAGAGGAAGGUGUGGAACUCUCUGAUGAUGGAGGGUGUGGUGGAGCAGCUUAACCUAAAGAGAAAGAUAAACAUAUCCUGUUUGUUAAUGCAGCAAAUAAUAUAAAUACUGGAAUACAAAGCUGUGAAGCAUACUGCAUGUACAUAUCAAUGAGAAUGAAAUGAAAAUAUAUGAUUUUGUAGCUUCUUAGUAAAUAAAAUUAAGAUUUUUUUUAUUUUUACAAAUCAUUUUGCUGUUUUAACUCAAAUAUGCUUUAACAUUUAAAGAUAAUGUAUAUUUUCUCAAAACAAUUGUGAAUUAUGUCAGUUUAUUUGUGGGAAACAUUUAAAUGCAGAUAUGACAAAAGCUUGAAGAAAUAAACUGUGAUUUUAUUA